AUGAUGGAAGGAUCUAUUCAAGGUUUCAACGAUUUGUCAUCAGCUCCACCAGUAUCGAUGCCGGAAAACGGUCGAAACCAUGGGAAUACAAAUGCAAAUGCACGAUUAGCAAGGCAUCAUUCUCACAGCAACAACAAGAACAAAACAUCUAUCUUGGAAGCGAAAUGGUUUAAACCUGUGCUCAUUGGCGCAUUCAUUUUCCUAGUAGUCGCUGUUAUAGCUUUGAUAAUUGCCUUCUCAGUAGCUGGACGAUCCAAAGAAAGUACUGUAGAAACAACAAUAGUCACAACGACAAGUUUGGCGACUACUAGCAACGAGAAUUUGACUGAUAUACAAUCGACAACAACGACUAGCACAAGUACAACUAUUUUACAAUUAACAAGUACUAUCAACACGAAUACACCUACUAUUCAAUCAACGACAAAUCCCAGUACAAGUGUGACUAGUGUUCGAUCGACAACAGUGCCGACAUUCAUAGCCCGUCUGAAUAUGACAAAUAUUAGUAAUACUACGACGAGAUGUAAGUAUUUAACAAACCAAUUAUUGCUUACUAUGAUUCUAUGUCAACUGUUAAUCAGUCUCAUAAUAAAGCUCAUGACGAUGCCAUAA